CGAGAGAAGCGAGCGAGCGCAGAUAGAGUUGGCGGUUGACUAGUAUCGGAGACAGUGAUCACAAAAACGAAGAAAUAAAGAAGUGAGAGAAGCGACAUCAACGACAAACACCUUCAAGCCAGUAGAGUUGAGGAGCGCCACAUCUGAGAAAGCAGCGGCCAUCACUUCGUUGCAGCUACAGGCGGUGACAGCUAGUCGAUAGAGUUGCAGCCGUUGGAUCACCGUCAGCCCUCCUGUCAGGUCAGGUACCUCUUUCUUUCUUCGAUGGAGAUCGGGCGAUCUUGUAGCUUGAUGUGCCCCCGUGCUCUGGAGGUGCAGGCUUCGCCUUCCCGUUCUGAAAAGAUGGAAGGGGCGGGCACCCGUGCUGGCCCUUGCCGAGAAGUCUUGAUGUCGUCCAUUCCGGCGGCAGGUAACUCGCUGCCUUCUGUGGAUGACUCGCCAAAAUUAGUGCUCCGAUCGGAAAAGUGGGUCCAGGAGACCGAUGAAGCCUUGCCGGUCUUGGAAAUCUUUUCCAACCAUUGGCAGUUGACCUGGAACAGGAGCAAAGAGGAGCCGUCCCAAUGCCGGUCGAAUUCACCCCAAUUCGGACUUAGAAGAAACACAAUUAUGGAGGCGAACUUAGCGAAGCAGAACUUGCAGUACCCGUUGUUGCUUAUAUCUUCCGCGAGAGUUCCAGCCCCGCAAAUUAUAGGAGUUGACGCCAGAGGCUGCCAAUCCACGGGAACCUUCCUGAAUGGGUUGAAGCCAGUGCCCUUUGACCCGAUACUGGAUGUGAGACCUUUUUCCUGCUUCAACUGCAGGACUGGCGUUCAUCAUCGGUCAAGGUGCCCGGAACCCGCGAACCAGAGGAAAUUCUGCCGCAAUUGUGGGCGAUAUGACGUGACUGUAAGCCGAUGUGUGAGAUGUGCCGAGGCUUACGCAAGGUACCUGAACGCUCGAGUGAAGACUGUUCGAGCCACAAGGGAGCCUCUGGUGAUGCAUAUGGACGCGCUAGCGGAGCCUCGGCUACGGAUUAUCGCAGCUGAAGCACACGGACAGGCCAUGGCCAAGGACGAGAGGACGAUUGAGCCUCGCAAGAAGAAGCAGAGGCGUGGCGGUCGUCUGCGACGAGAGCGUAUAGAGGCGAAAAAGGCCUUGGAGGCACUGAAAACUGGCCAGGAUGUGGUUGGUCUUGCGGCUGCGAAAAGAGGUAAGGCAGGCGCACCAGGACUACAUCCAGGAGAAAGCGGCGACAACUAGCCGGGCUCACCGAUAGAGAGUUUGCAGCCAUUGGACCACCGUCAGCCCCCCUAUCAGAUCAGGUCUCUCUUUCUCUGCGAACGACAGGACACAGACGAUCGAGUUUGGUGCAUUUGAUUCGCACCUAACUCACACGAUUCCCUGUAAGGUGCGUUGUCUUCUGUGCGUGGAGACAAGCGCGUCCGGACUUUGCUUGAUGCAUAUAAUCGCAUCAGAAAUCUUGUAAAAUUAGUCGUUAUAAAGAAAAAGGUUCACGAGAAUAAUUGUUAUAAUUUAUCUCGGUUUACGGUAAUAACAUUAUUUUGUUAAUGUAGACACUGUACGAGUAAUUUAUAGAAAUAUAGAACAGCUUAUUUGCAAAGAUGUAUUUUUAAAUGCAUAAACAUAUAAACUGUAAUAUAAUUUUUUCAAGUACUGAAGUUAAUGUAAUAAAAAAAAAGUAUUUUACUCAUUCUAACAAGCAUAACAUAAAAAAUAAAUAUUUAUCCGAUUACCGUAGUCACGUUUUGAUUAUACUAUUACUGAUAGAAUGAAUAAACAAAUUUAUUGAGCAAUCUUCACUGGAAAUCAAAGAACAUCACUGUUUCUAAUGAUAAAUUUAAGCCAUAAACAUCCAAGAGUACGCAUUUUUUCAUAAAUCUUUGAGCUCCUAAUUUCACAAGAAACAUGAUGUAAAAAUGACUAAAAAUAGAGUAUUUUGCUAUUUUUAGAAAUAUUUUGUUAUCAAUCGAGUCCAAAUUACAUUUUAAUGGCCUCCUCACCUCCUCUAAAAUGUCAUUACAUUUUAUAUCGAGAUAUAUCUAGAUCUAGCUGAGGCGUUCAACUCUGUCGAGUAUGAAAAAUUAUUUAGGAAACUGGAAAGAUAUGGAAUUUGAGUUUUUGCAAAUAAGCUGUUUAAGAGUUACUUGAUGGGUCGAAAACGAUACGUUAAGUAUCAAAUAUCUGAAACUAAGAUAACCAAGGGAAACUAAUCUUACUUGAUGUACCGCGAGAAACAUUCUUAGACCAUUGUUAUUUAUAAUAUACAUUAAUGAUUUACAUAAUAACAUACAUAAUCUACUGAAAAUGAAUAUAUUAAACACCGAAGAGGUACUAAAAUUAUCAUAAAUUUAGUUAUUAUUUUUUUUAAUCUCAUUUACUUGUUUUGUUUUGGUUUUAUUUUCUCUGAUAUCUCUGCGUAUUUGUGUGAAUCUCUAUCUCUGUAAGACUUUAUUAUGUAGUUGUGGUAAAGUUGG